AUGGACGCCCUGAGCUUUGCCAUGGGGGAGCGGGCCGCCGCCCUGCGGGUGAAGCACCUCAGGGACCUGGUACACGGGGCCCACAUCGGGCAGCCGGUCCAGGAAACCGCCAGCGUCGCCUUGCGGUACUGUGACGACGAGGACCGGGAGACCGUCUUCUGCCGCACCAUCGCGGGUGAUUUAUCCGAGUAUCGGGUCAAUGGUGCUCAUAUCACUUUUGCCAAAUACAUUCAGGAGUUGGAGAAGAUUGGUGUUGUGACCAAAGCUCAAAACUGCCUGGUGUUCCAGGGGGCGGUGGAGUCCAUAGCUCUGAAGGACCCAAAGGAGAGGACCAAGAUGUUUGAGAGCAUCAGUCAGUCGAGAGAGCACGCUGCAGAGUAUGACCUGAAGAAAAAGGCCCUGCUGAAGGCUAAAGAGGACACACAGUUUCACUUCAACAAGAAGAAAUCGGCUGCUGUCGAGAAGAAACAGGUGUCACAGGAGAAAAUAGAGGCCCAGAAAUACCAGGCCCUAGUGGACGACCUUCACCAAAACCGCUUGCAGCUGAGCCUGGCUGAGCUCUACUUUAAUGAGAAGGGCGUCAACGCUCUCAGUGAAUCCCUGGGGGAGAAACAGCUGGCUGCAGCUGCAAAGAACAACAUGCUGUUGAAGACAGAGAAAAUGGUCAAAACCUCCAAGAAGGAACAUGGACGUGUUACCAGAGAGCAGCAGCACAUCGAGAAAGAGAUCCGCGCCCAGGAGCAUGUCUUGUCCCAGUGUCGAUCCCAGUACAUCAAAGCCAAAGUCAACACCUCCCAUCACAUGAAGAAGGCGGAUGAGGUCCGUGAAGCCCUGAAGAAGAGUCAGAAGCUGAUUGCUAUCAAAGAGCAGGAGCUAGCGGAAGAAAGGCAGGAGAUCUCUGAGCUGGAGACGAUCUGGAAGAACUAUGAGAAGCAGCAAAAGAAGAAGGGAACGUCCAUGGAAAGAGACAUCGAGCUGGAUGAGGGUCAGUUGGAGCGAUACAAAGAGCUGAAGGAGCUGGCCCGGAUAAAGGGGGCUGUCCUCAGCCAGCAGGCAGAGAAACUGCACUGGGAAGUGAGAGCGGACAACGAGAAGAUGGCUUUCGACCAGCGGCGUAAGAAGGAAGUGGAGAUGGCCAUCAGGAGUAACCAGACUCAGCUGAAGGAUUUGAUACGCAGGGCAGAUACGCUAGAGGAGUACGCCAAGUCCUGCAACUCGUCCCUUGAAGAGUGCCGUCAGCUGGAAGAGAGCCUCAGUGCGGAGCUGCAGCGAGGCCGCCACCGCAGCGAGGAGCUGAACCAGGAGCUGGGCCAGGUUAUGGAGGAGCUGGGGAAUGCAAAUCUGGAGAGACAUGAGACCAAAUCCCAGCAGCGGCGCAAAGAGCUGCUAGAGAAGCUCCGCAGACUCUACCCGGAAUCAGUGUUUGGUCGUCUGUCUGACUUGUGCAGCCCUGUCCAUAAGAAGUACCAGCUGGCUGUCAUCAAGGUGUUUGGCCGCUUCCUGGACGCCAUCGUGGUGUCCACAGAGAAAGUGGCCCGAGACUGCAUCUACUUCGUCAAGGAGGAGGGCGCCGAACGUGAGACCUUCCUGCCCGUCGACUACUUAGAGGUGAGUCCUCUGAAUGAGCGGCUGAGGGAGAUGUCCGGUGCCAAGAUGGUGGUUGACGUUGUGAAGAUCAACACUGGCACAUGCGCCGGGCAGCUUAGGAAAGUGAUGCAGUUUGUGUGCGGCAACGCUGUGGUGUGCGAGACCAUCAAGGAAGCAAGGAGGGUGGCCUUCGACGGACAGAUGCGCAUUAAGGCGGUGGCUCUGGACGGGACGCUGUUCACGAAGGCAGGCGAGAUCUCUGGAGGAUCCAGCUCCCUGCGGACCAGAGCUCAAGUCUGGGACGAUAAGGACAUGAUGCGGCUGAAGGCUCGCAAGGACAAGUUGAUGGCAGAGAUGCGCGAUCUAAUGAAGCUAAAGAGGAAGGACUCAGACCUGAAGCAGACAGUUGCUAACGCUCAGGGCGUUCAGACACGCCUCAAAUACGCCAAAGCAGAACUGGAAAACAUUCAGAAGAAGAACAUCCCAAAAUGCCAAGCGGAGAUUUCUCGUAUGGAAAGCGAACUAUCAAACCUGGACUCUGAGAUUCAGAUGCAGCAGGAGAGUGUGGAGGCAAAGGAUGAAGAGAUGAGGAGAAUCAGGGACCAGAUCAACCAGAUGGAGGACACUGUGUUUUCUGACUUCUGUGCUGAGAUCGGUGUGGACAGCAUCAGAGAGUACGAACAGGAGCACCUGAAACAUCAGACGGAGCUCGACAAGAAGCGGCUGGAGUUUGAGAGUCAGCGCACCCGCUUGAAUAUGCGGCUGGAGUACGAACAAGACCAAAUGGAGCAGAAGAAGAAGAAGCUCCGCAUAAUGGAGGAAACCAUCAACAAGGAGCAGAGAAGCAUUGCAGAGCAGAGGGAGGAAGAGGAGAAGCUGCUGGCAGCAGUGGAGGACGGUCAGGAAAAACAUCUGGAGCUGAACAACCAGCUGCUGUCUAAGAACAGCCAGGUGGCAGCUGCCAAAGCUGAGCUGGACCAGAACACCCGGAGCCUCAAAGAAAUCAAUAAAGAGUUGGUGAAGCUUCAGCGGGAGGUGAUGUCCGCAGAGACGGCCUUGGAGCACAAGCGCCUGUUCAGACACAACAUGCUGCUGGCCUGUAAGAUCCAGAGUCUGCCCGUUACUCUGCUGUCGGGGAGCCUGGAUGAGAUCAGCGAGGUGCAGCUGGACACAGAAUCCGAGCACAGCACCUCGGCCACCAUGAGCAUCUACGAGAGAGAGGCACAACUAGUCAUUGACUACUCCAGCCUGGAACCAGAAGUCAUGAGUCUGCAGGCAGAGGAGCAGGUGGAGGCCUUCUUGGAGCGGCAGAAGGAGUCCGUGUCCUCCGUAGAGGGACUGCUGCAUCGCACCACGGCCCCAAACCUGAAAGCUCUGGCCAAGAUGAGGGAGGUGAAGGACAAGCUUCAGGGAGUGACUGAUGCGUUUGACGUCAGCGCCAGAGCAGCCAGGAAAUGCAGUCAGGAGUUUGAGCAAGUCAAAGCCCGACGCUUCAGCCUCUUCAGCCGGUGCUUCGAACACGUCUGCGUCGUGAUCGAUCAGAUCUACAAGAGAAUGUGCAGGAACAGCAGCGCCCAGGCCAUCCUGAGUGCAGAGAACCCGGACGAGCCGUACCUGGGAGGCAUCAACUACAACUGCGUGGCGCCGGGAAAACGCUUCAUGUCCAUGGACAACCUGUCCGGGGGAGAAAAGGCCAUCGCUGCCCUCGCCCUGGUGUUUGCCAUCCACAGCUUCCGUCCUGCUCCCUUCUUCAUCUUGGACGAGGUGGACGCUGCACUGGACAACACUAACAUUUCCAAGGUGACCAGUUUCAUCAGAGAGGAAUCCCAGGGGAACUUGCAGAUCAUCGUCAUCUCCCUGAAGGAGGAGUUUUUCUCCAAAGCCGACGCUCUGCUGGGAGUCUACUCCGAUUUUGAAGAAUGCAUGUUCAGCCGCAUUCUGACCCUGGACCUGCGCCCCUACCCGCUGGUGGAGGAGGACAUUGGGUCACAGAAGGACAGUGAGAAGACAGCACCCGUGUAGCCUGGAAUCUCCUGCAUGAAGCCCUUUGUAUGUAUCUCUUUCUUUUUUGUUCCGGACCAUACCGAUGGUCCUGUGUUUUCAGUAGAAUGAGUCAUUGAAUUAAAGGAGUAUUUAAUUGUGUUCAGUUUCAGGCUUUUCUGCCAGAUAGAUUUUUUGUAAAUCUAUGAGCCUGUUUGGGAUUAUAUUUUUAAAGUGUUGUCCAUAUAAUCUGGUUGUCAAUAACAAGACACAAAGUUUUAAAUACACCGGUUUUACUUCUAAAAAUGACCACACUUUGAUGGUUAGAUAUCAAAUCCAACGGCAUGAAAAGAGAACUCUGUUCAUGUUUCUUAAAUGUUGUUGCUUAUGUCUUUGUUAUUUCCACAGUGCUACAUGUUGGUAUAGUACCUUUUUAUACUUGUUAAUUAUGCUGUUAAGUGUUUUGUAUUCCAGUUGUGCUUUUAAGAACAUUAUUCCUGUUCAUUAAAUCUACAGAGUUAAAGAUGUCUUU